AAAAAGAGACGAGAAGAAUUCUGUUGCUAACUAGCAACUAGCUAGUUUCGCAGUAGCAGUUUCUGCGUCGGGCAGCUAAUAAAACAAUGGACCAAUGCGGCAGUAAAAGUGUAUGGCUACAUGAAUGUUGAAGUUUGAUGUCAGCGGUGCCAACUACUUAUAAUGACCCGGAACCUCUGAUGUAAAGGCCGGGCCGGUUUUUAUUUUCGGUCACAUUUUCCUUUUUUCCUCCGUAGUUAGCCUUUUAGCCCGUUAAUGAUGGUGGAGCCAGAGAGCAGCGACAGAAAAGCUUAAAUUCUUUAUGGAGACAGACUGGCAGCAGUGGCAGUGAGCAGUUAAUCACCUGAGGCCACGGGUACAACAACAUGGCGUCUCGUCAUAGGAACUCGGUGCGCAUCCUGUCCAACAGGGAGCGUGGUUCUCAGACGUUUGGAUCUCAGCGGCUCCUUCAGUUACUGGUGGAGGAGAAAGUCCGGUGGAUGAAAUGGCAGAGUCAGAAGGUGGAGUUGCCUGACAGUCCUCGAUCUACUUUCCUGCUCGCGUUCAGCCCUGACAGGACACUGAUGGCUUCCACACAUGUCAACCACAACAUUUACAUAACGGAGGUGAAGACAGGAAAGUGCCUACAUUCCUUAGUGGGCCACCGUAGAACCCCCUGGUGUGUUACCUUCCACCCCACAAUACCCGGCCUUGUGGCCUCUGGGUGCCUUGAUGGUGAAGUCCGCAUCUGGGACCUUCAUGGUGGCAGUGAGAGCUGGUUUACAGAAAGUAACGUGGCCAUCGCCUCAUUGGCCUUCCACCCCACUGCUCAGCUCCUCCUCAUCGCCACCAACAACGAACUCCAUUUCUGGGACUGGAGUCGACCUGAACCCUUUGCUGUAGUCAAGACGGGCAGUGACACAGAGAGAGUGCGGUUGGUGAGAUUUGAUCCUCUGGGUCACAACCUGCUGACAGCAAUAGUCAAUCCGUCCAAUCAGCAGAACGACGAGGAUGCCGAGGUUCCCAUGGACAGUGUGGAGAUGCCACACUUUCGCCAGCGCUCCUUCCUGCCAACACAACCAGUGCGCCGUACACCGAUCCUCCACAACUUCCUUCACAUCCUGUCAUCCCGCUCCCCGGCAGCUCAGGUUGGAGGCGAGCAGCCCACACGCGGGUCUCCCCUGGGGGAUAGUGGAAGUAAUGUCGGGGAGUCUCCCAGCAUUCCUCUGGCUCAGUACCCGGGCUCAGAACGCGGACCCCCCUUUCCUGGCUGCACUCAGCACCUGGGCAUGGUUUGUCUGUGCAGUCGCUGCUCAGCCAAUCGAAAUCCUUCGCUGUCCACCAACAGCUCCAUCAUGACCCAGUCAGGUCCCCGGACCUCGCCUGAUGCUCCCACACCUCCCCCAACCUCCACCUUCUCUUCGGCCCGUACUGAGCCCAGACAGCCUUCAGAGCGAACCUCGGCCUUCACCUCCGUCUACUACAGCGCCGGUUCUUCUCUUAACCCCUCCAUGCCGCACCCCGCCACCAGAACAGGACCAGACUGGACUCGCAAUCUGUUAAGCAUGAGGGAAGGUGGUGUCGGUCCAGUGAUGCUGCCUCCCAGAACCUCCUCUUCCUCUUCCAUCAGCCUUCUUUCAGUGCUCCGUCAGCAGGAUGGCUCUUCCCACUCGCCUGUUUACACUUCUGCCACUGAGGGGCGGGGUUAUCCCCAACAAGGAGAAGCGGGAGCCCGGGACGCUGCCGGAACCAGCAGUGGACACCACCCCUUCUGGGACGGCUCUCGUGGCAACACUGCCUCGUUCCGUAACGUGCUGCAGUGCAACCUGAGCCGCUACUUCAUGGAGUUUGACCGCAUGCAGGACCUGGAGCCCCCACUAGGUGGUGCCAUGUCAGACAGAGGACAGGAGCAAAGUCAAGAGUUACUGAACAACAACAUGGACCCAAACAGACCAGGGCCAUCCUCGUCCCUCUCUUCCUCCUCCACCCCCACCAUUAUUCACUACCAGCCUCCUCUUCCUCCUCCCCUCGCCUCCCACGUCCCGGAGAACAACGGCCCUCCCCUAUCCUCCAGAGGCCACCUGAACCGUUGCCGGGCCUGUCACAACCUACUGACAUUCAAUCAUGACUCGCAGCGCUGGGAACGAACCAACCAGGCCUCCUCCACCUCCGCCUCGACCCUGGACCCCUCCUCCUCUUCCUCUUCUUCCUCACCCUUUCCUGCUGCUGCUUCACCUUCAGCUCCGUGGCAGCAUGAUGAAAGCAGGAGGACACUCGAAGUCCAAAAUCCAGAAAGGAGGCUGCCACUAGACUCUAUUGAGCAACCACACCCUCCUGUAGGUGGCGCAGCAGGAGCAGUUACCUUUCCAAUUGCCCCGUCCACCAGCCAGCCAGGAGAGCAGACGGUGGGCUUGGUCUACAACCAGGACACAGCGCAGUGGGAGCGGGUGUACCGACAGGCCGCCGCUGGUCGAUCAGCAGAACCACCUGAGACCUUAAGCCAAGAAAUGCCUGUUGAUCCUCCUGAUGAAGACUCCCUGAGGAGGCGAUUGUUGGAAUCGUCACUUUUAUCCUUGUCUCGCUACGACAUGUCAGGAUCCAGAGAUCACCCCAUUUAUCCUGAUCCAGCCAGACUGUCUCCAGCUGCUUACUACGCCCAGAGGAUGAUCCAGUACCUGUCCAGACGGGACAGCAUCCGCCAGCGCUCACUUCGUUACCAGCAGAACCGGCUGCGGGCCAUGUCCACAUCGUCCGACAGCCCUGCCAACAACCCGUCCAACUCCAUGGACAACAGUGAGGUGGACUUUGAGGAGCUGGAUGACACUGGAGACAGAGCCAGACAUAGGACGCCACGCAACGCUAGGAUGUCUGCACCGUCUCUGGGUCGCUUUGUUCCACGGCGGUUCUUCCUCCCUGAAUACUUGCCCUACGCUGGAAUCUUCCAUGAGCGGGGGCAGCCCGGUCUGGCCACACACUCCUCCGUCAACAGAGUCCUAGCAGGGGCGUCCAUCGGGGACGGCCAGUCUGCGGUGGCCAGCAACAUCGCCAACACCACCUACAGGCUGCAGUGGUGGGACUUCACCAAGUUUGACCUACCAGAGGUCAGCAACGCUUCUGUCAACGUUCUGGUGCCAAACUGUAAAAUCUACAACGAUGCGAGCUGCGACAUCUCUGCAGACGGUCAGCUGCUGGCCGUUUUUAUUCCUAGCAGUCAGCGGGGGUUUCCCGACGAGGGCAUUCUGGCCAUUUACUCUUUGGCUCCUCACAACCUGGGAGAGAUGCUCUACACCAAGAGAUUUGGUCCAAAUGCCAUCUCUGUCAGCUUGUCUCCCUUGGGCUGCUAUGUGAUGGUUGGUCUGGCCUCACGCAGGAUCCUGCUGCAUCCUAACACUGACCACAUGGUGGCGCAAGUUUUCCGCCUACAGCAGCCACAUGGAGGAGAGACGUCCAUCAGGAUGGUCUUCAACGUGGUCUACCCUAUGGCUCCAGACCAGCGGCGCCACGUCAGCAUCAACUCGGCUCGUUGGCUCCCAGAUCCGGGAAUGGGUCUGGCUUAUGGGACCAACAAGGGAGACCUGGUCAUCUGUCGGCCUGUGUUCUACCGCAGUGAUGGUGAGAACCCUGGAGAGUCGAACCUGGAACCUUUGUUUUCUGUCAACAACAGUGGAACCAGUCGGAGUCGAGGUUCUGAAAGAUCAGGUCCAAACCGCUCCAGUUGGAGGCUGGACAGAGACAUGGGAUUGAUGAACGCCAUUGGUCUCCAGCCCAGACAUCCCACCCCCUCUGUGACAUCACAGGGAACACAGACGCCAAUCGUCCAGCUGCAGAACGCCGAGACACAAACGGAGAGGGAGCAGGAACCAGAACCCAGUGUGUCUGGACCUCCCCCAGAGACUCCUUCUACAAGUGGAGCGGCUCAGGGGGGGCUGCAGGAGUCUGAGAGCAGCCGGUCUCUGGGGGGCGUUCAGAGUGAGCCUCAAGCUGAUGCUAACUCGUCCACACCUGCUGGUGAGUCCUCAGAGUUUGGUUCCGGUGAAGAUGCCCUGGCCAGGAUCCGCAGGUUAAUAGCAGAGGGCGGGAUGACGGCGGUGGUGCAGCGGGAGCAGAGCACCACCAUGGCCUCUAUGGGUGGAUUUGGGAACAACAUCAUCGUCAGCCACCGUAUCCACCGCGGCUCUCAGACUGGCACCGGGGCCUCAAGACCUGCCUUUGACCCUACCACGUGUGAUACCCCCUCCACCUCCUCCGCCUCCUCCUCUGGACCGCUCCUCAUCACUCAGCUUCAGGACCAGCCACACCUGACUUCCCCGGUGUCCCCUACAUCCACUGAAGCCCCUCCCUCUACAUGGGGUCCAGAGGUGCUGUCUGGCCCAGCGCCCCCUGGACUUUCUGUGGCUGUGGGAGUGGAUGAUGUUUUUGGUGGAGGGGAGUUUUUGGUGGGGGGGGUUGAGGACUCUCUGCCAGGUCCUUCUUCCUCCUCCUCCUCCCAGCUGCUGUCUUCCACUUCCUUUUCACCUUCUCUGUCAUCUUUCCACAGCAGCAGCAGUGGCGGUGGAGGGGGAGACAACAACACCCCCCCCACUGUCCCAUAACACAGGGACUUCUCCCAUUGGCCCAGAGCAGCAGAGCGCUGGCUGAUCAGUUCCUGGUUCUCCUUUGAAAAGCCUUAUAUGACAAAGAAAAAACAUGGUGCUGCUUCAACUCUACGAGGCUUCUUGCCUGGAACACAGAAAGUAACACAAAGAGCCCCCUCUCACCCUUCCCUUACCUGGGAAGGGUGAGGGAAGGGUCCCUGAGUGGUUUGCACUUAUUAAAUCUGGACUGAAAGUGAACAGGACUCUCCUGGUCUAAAAGGGCUUAGACCUGGACAGGGUCUCGGUGUAACGUACAGGUGGACAGACAGACCACCAGGUCCCUGUGUCAAAGUGCCACGACUGGGGGGGUGGGGCAGUAGUGGGUGGGCGGGGUUUUCUGGUACAUAGUGUUAAAUCAGUAGUGAGUUUAACUCCACUUUACUUUGGUGUCAUGUCUGUGAUUAUGACCUGUGAGGAGACUCCUGGAGGAGGCCACGCCCACACCAUCACCAAUCAGUGACUGAGGACACUAACACCUGACUCCACUGCAUGUCUUCUCAAAUAACGCUGCAGUUCAUCAAACACAACAAUUAUUUUAAAAAAAAAAAAAAAAAAAGGGCUGAAGAGGAUGGGAGCUAACUGUCUGUGUGUCCAGUCCCAGGUAAAGGCACAGUUCAGGUUCUGUGAGGGGCUGUGGUCCAGUGGGUUCAGUCAUAUGAAGAUUUUAUGCCUCUGGAAUAUCCUAAGGACACGUCCACCUGUCAGUCAUCACGUUCAGCCUGAGGUCUACAGACUGCUCACCGUCAGUCGUGACAGCGUUCAGCCUGAGGUCUACAGACUGCUGCCUGGUUUGUGGCGCUGAACUAAAUCAGUGAAGUGUUUAAAAAAUGUUAUGACUGAACAUUUUAUGUUUGUUACUGGGCUGACCUGAAGAUGGCGCUCCUCACCUGCCCUCAUUGCUCUGUUCACAGCCAGCCUUUGCAGUCGGUUCAAUUCUAAAACAGUUUUUGACCAUGGUUUCAUGUGUUAACCAAAGCAGACAUCUGGAGCAGGACUGUGAUUGGGUAUCUCCACACUAAGCCCCGCCCCCUCCCUGCCGCCUGAAGAGAAAACUUGAAUUGUCUUUUUUUUUUCAUUUUGAAAACUUUACUUUUCUCCUCUUCAGCCUGAUGAAGAUAGUGACGACGAUGACGAUGAAGAUAUUACUGUACAGACUCCAAGGCUGUGUUUUUUAUUUUGCCUGUUUUUUAUGGUGAUUCCACACUGGUGUAGUCAUCAUCACACAGCUACGUAGACGUUCAUGUACUGCUUUCGUUUCAUUGGUGUGUGUGUGUGUGUGUUUGGAGGAGGGGGGGGGGUUGCCUGGAAAUCAUGGGCUGGGCAGUAGUGGAACUAUGAAAUGGCAAGGAUAUACGGGAGGAGGAGUCUUGACUGGAUCUGUCCAGAGACACUGUGUGCUUCAAGACCAGACGUUUACUGAAGAUUUUUGGUUUCAUUUUUAUAACUUUUAUUUCCUACAGGUGAGAUCAGCCGGUCGACCUGCCGGGCCACUGCGUGGAGGCAGAGCCAGCUGCAUGUGAGGGAGAGAAAAAGAGAGGGAGAGAAAAAAAGAGGGAAAGUUGAAGGAGCCACGGCAGGUGACACAAAACAAACUGGUCUGACUCUGAAUGCUCCUCCUGGCUUUACUUGAUUAAUGAACCUUUUGAAAAACCA